CAAACAAACCUGGCAACUCAUCUCGAAAUCAAAACGUUGUGAUUAGUCACACAUCGGAUACAGUUCUUUCUGUGAAGGAAUACUUCUAGAUAUUUUCCGCAUUUGUUCAUAGUUUAGAUUUGCAGUUUAUAUGGUAUUGUUCAGUGCUAGAAAUAGAGGCCUGCAAUGGUAAAAGAAGUGCUCGAAGAUGAACGCCCGUGCUUGUCGGACGACGAUGAUUCUGAUAAUGAAAUUAUAGGGGAAUUUCAGGAACAUUCCAUCCGCAUAGAACCACACGAGGAUGCAGGAGAAAAUGGUCCAGUUUUCAACAUCAGGAAUCGGAAGAAAACCGAAUCUCAGUACGAGAGUCUCGAUUACGAUGUAUGUGAGAAUGUCUUGUGGCAGCAGGAGCAGCGGAAGAUCAAACCGCGCUUCACCGUGCGGAAGGAUUUUGCCCGCUGGAUAGUAUCGAUGCAAAUCGGAGUGUGGACGGCGUUGGUGGCCUGUGGAAUUAACAUUGUCAUUGAGGUUCUAUCAAGGAUCAAGUACUCUUUUUUGAAACGCACUGUCGACGAAAAUGUAUUAACCGGGGAUCUGAGUAUACCGUAUCUAUAUUGGGUGCUGACGAACGUGGUUCCAGUGGCAAUCGGAGCGACACUUGUGGCCUAUGUAGAGCCGGUUGCUGCUGGCAGUGGGAUCCCGCAAGUAAAGUGUUACCUGAACGGUGUUAAGAUUCCACGUAUCGUCCGGAUUAAGACGUUGGCUGUGAAGGCGGUGGGUGUUGCUACCUCUGUUAUCGGUGGCCUGGCCGGAGGAAAGGAAGGACCGAUGAUUCACAGCGGAGCAGUGAUAGCGGCUGGAAUUUCCCAAGGCAAAAGCACCACAUUCAGACGGGAUAUGAAAGUGUUGAACUAUUUUCGGGAUGAUCACGAGAAGCGAGAUUUCGUUGUUGGUGGGGCUGCUGCUGGUGUUGCAGCUGCUUUCGGUGCACCCAUCGGUGGAAUUUUGUUUUCUUUGGAGGAAGCCGCUAGCUUUUGGAAUCAGUCGCUGAUCUGGAGAACUUUCUUCGCUUCAAUCAUAAGCUCAUUUACGCUCAAUGUCGUCCUGUCGGCAUACCAUGGACUGAGCAGCUUCCGAUACCGUGGUCUUUUCAAUCUUGGAGAAUUUGAACCUUUGCCCUUCGAGUACUACGAACUACCCAUCUUUAUGCUGAUGGGUGUUUUCGGUGGAAUCUCAGGAGCUGUGUGGAACAGCAUGAACACCAGCAUAAACAUUUUCCGAAAGAAAUUUAUCGAAUCACGGUGGUCAAAAGUGAUGGAGGCUGUUUUCGUGGCAGCAAUUGGAGCAACUUGUGCUUGUGCAAUGGCCUAUUCUAUCAACGAUUGUCGUCCACUGGGAAACGAUCCCACGGAAACACCGGUACAACUUUUCUGUGAAGACAACGAGUACAAUGCAGCUGCCGCAUUGUGGUUUCAAACACCUGAGGCUACCGUCCGAGCACUAUUCCACGAUCCGCCUGGAUCGCACAAAAUACUCACGCUGAUGAUAUUUGUGCUUAUCUACUAUCCAUUGUCUUGUGUAACGUACGGAUUGAGUGUAUCGCUGGGAAUUUUCAUCCCAACGCUGCUGGUAGGAGCAGCAUGGGGCAGGUUGACAGCUUCCUUCCUUGUGCUGGUAUUUCCGGCAUCUAAUAUUUUUGUGAGUCCCGGAAAGUAUGCAUUGAUUGGGGCAGCAGCACAACUGGGAGGAGUAGUCCGUAUGACGCUAAGCUUGAGUGUCAUCCUGCUGGAAACAACCGGGAAUAUCUCGUUCGUACUGCCCAUCACCAUCACUCUGAUGUCUGCCAAAUGGAGCGGUGAUUACUUCAACGAGGGUAUUUACGAUACACAAAUUAAAACAUCCAAAGUACCGAUGCUACCAUGGCACGUGGAGCCCAAGUUGGAGCGAGAGUUCGCGAAAAACAUCAUGAAUCAACCGGUUGUGUGUAUCAGAAGAAGAGAAAAAGUUGGGUAUAUUCUUGAUAUUCUGCAGAAUACCAACCACAAUGGAUUCCCUGUUAUUGAGGACGAUCAAACGAAUAAUAGAGAUAAUGGUAAACUGGUUGGAUUAAUCCUGCGAUCCCAACUCGUUGUGAUAUUGAAGCGAAGCUUCUACGUAGAAUACAAACGUCACUGGAAAGAUCUAGUUUCAAUCGAACAGUUCAGGAAGGAAUAUCCUCGGUAUCCAAACAUUGAGGACAUCAAUGUUAGCGAUGAUAAAAAAGUUAAGAAUUGCACAAUCGAUAUGAGCAUCUUCAUGAAUCCAUCACCCUAUAGCGUCACCCCGGAGACAUCGGUUCCCCGUAUUUUCCAGCUGUUCCGCGCACUAGGCCUUCGGCAUUUGGUAGUGGUGACGCUGGAGAAUCGUGUCCGCGGGAUCAUCACAAGGAAAGAUUUCCUCCGCGAUAAUUAAUUGUUUGCUGCGCAUUGUUAUGAUCCAAACAAUUGGAUCCUUCUUUUUAUUUGCGUGAUUGCGUAAAGCUUAAGUGAGAGAGAGAGAGAUAUCCGUUGUUUUAAGAUUCUGAAUCAGAAAAAAGACUGCUUUUAUUGGUGAACCAAAACGAAUUAUUUUACCAUUUGAA